GAAAACAUUAAUAGACAAAUAACGUUAUUUUUCCCUCAACUUCGAACAUUUUUUUUCUUUCGAUGACAGUAGUUACGUUGAAGACGGCGUAUGUGAAUUAAGUAACCAGUUUCAUGGCAAAGUGAAAUCACGAAUACGUCGCGGUGGUUAAGAUAAGCACAUGCACGCUAGGGAUACGCCAAGUAUGCUAGCGAUUUUUUUUGUCGGUCCUCGCGUAUGUUGUUAACAAAUAAAAUUUAAAUUAAAAUGAUUGAAUGGAUUUGUGUAAUUUCCGUACUGAGUUUAGUGCCAAUUGCUAAGAGUCAAAUAGAUCUAGAGGAACAUUUCCAAAAUUGCAAAACCAGCUCUUCGUCAUUUGAUAAUUGUGUGAAAGACGGAAUUAAUGACUUGAGGCCUUUCUUUCAGUCUGGAUUGCCCGAUUAUCAUGUUGGUUCUUUUGAUCCAUUUUUUGCUUCACAAGUGCACCAAAAGAGAAGUGGACCAUUUUUUAAUUACAAGUUGAUAUUAAGAAACGUAACAGAAUCUGGAUGGACCCAAUCACAAAUUACCAAGUUUUCAACGAAUCCAGACAAGUACCAUGUGCAGGUCACACAAGAUUUCCCGGAUAAGCGUCUUAAUGGUAUCUACGAAAUGGAUGGUACUUUCUUCGGACAGAAAAUAAAAAACUCUGGUUCGUGGAACUUGGCCCUGUUUGACUACAGCCAAACUUUGACAGUUUCCAGGAAGCCCAUUCGUGGCCUAGGUGCAAGAUACUCGAGAAAUGCUCCAAUUAAGGUUACGUGUAAUAUUCACAGCUGCAAAAGAUUGCAGUUGCACAUAAGCAAUUUGCUUGGUGGUAGACCUUUAGUUGAAAACGUCUUGGACAAAAUAAUCAACACCGCUUGGCAGCCAGGAUUCUAUCUACUGAGACCUCUGAUCAACGAUUUAGUGGGAACGGCGUUUACAGAAAUCUUCCAGAAAUAUUUUCAAAAUUUUCCAUUUGAACAGGUGUUCAAGCCAUAAUGUAGCUCUGUAAAGGUUUAAACUGAUAUUGUUUAUCCAAAGUUUAUUGAAUAUAAUACUGAGUAGACUUGGUUUAAGUUGGUUGAACUUUCCAUAAUGAAGAAAUGAAAAUCUUUCGUUUUGGUAAAAAAAUCUAACUUUUUAAUAAGAAAUA